AUGGAGCUAAUCAAGCGUCAGGCUGACAUAUUUGAAUCAAUAAAUAAAAUAAGAAUAAAUUUUAAUAAGGACUCAUCCUCUAGAAAAACAUCGGAUUAUCUAAAAAAUAGGAUAGAAACCUUAAAUAACUUGUGGGGAGAGUUCGAACAGAAUCACGUAGAGUUAUCUUCAUACGAGGAUAAAUCUGCGCAGUAUUUUCGGGAUAACAUUUAUCAAAAAACGAAAGAUGUUUUCCAAGACAUAAUAUCAAAAUUAAUUUCUUUUAAUAAAGAAGAUAAGGGCACUCAGCGUAACCAAAAGGCAGACGAAUUACUAACUUUACAAAGAACAAAUUUUAGGGCUUUUAAUCGUCUUUUAUUGAGCGUAAAUUUGGAUAGCAUAGAUGAAAAAUGGGAGUUGGAGGAUGAGCUUAGUAGUAUACAAUCACGGUGGAGUACUAUCGAAAAUUUACAUCUUCAAAUAGACAACAUUUUGCAAGGAGAAGAUGUAGACUAUGAUACAGAGUUCGCGAGCUAUGAAACAUCAUACAGAACUAUAAAGCGGAGAUUAAAUAAAAAACUAAGUUCAGCAGCUCACUUAAACAAUUCAACACCACAGCUGGAGAUACCAACCUUCACAGGUCAAUACACCCAUUGGCCUACUUUUCAUGACCUAUUUUAUGAGGCCAUUCAUAAUAAUAACACAUUGUCAAAAUCACAAAAAAUGCAGCACCUCAAGGGUAAAAUAAAAGGAGAAGCUGAACGUCUCAUUCACCAUCUCACCAUCUCCUCAGAUAAUUAUGACACCGCGUGGGAAAUCUUAACGCACCGCUAUAAUAACCCACAAAUUCUAUUCACAAAGCAUAUUGAGAUAUUAUUAAAUCAAGCCAAUAUAAGCAAACAAACGUCAUUCGAUAUUAAAAAGCUGCACGACGUUAGCAUGGAAUGUAUCCAUGCCAUUCACAAUCUUGGCAUUGAUACAACAACCUGGGACCCAUUAUUAGUCCAUAUAUUAUCAAAAAAAUUAGAUCAUUUAACGUAUGCUGCCUAUAUGGAAGCUCGUAAGGAUCCCAGGAGUCUGCCAGCUUUAGACGAAUUUAUGGGAUUCCUAGAGAGUAAAUUUACAGCUCUCGAACCCAUAAGCAGGAAGGAAAGGGUAGUGACAACUGAAAAGGUGUCACAGCACCACAUAAGCAAACCAUCAUCAUCAAAUUCAUUUAGAUUUAUGAGCACUGGGAGACCUAGCAUAAAUAAUUAUUCUCAUAAUAAUACAGGCCGUAAUAAAAUAGAUAAACCAUAUCAAAAACCAUUCUUUCAAGCAGUAACUACGAAGACAUAUAAAUGUCCACAAUGCAAUCAAGACCAUGAUUUAUUUAAAUGUAAUCAGUUCAUUGACCUGUCACCAAAAUCAAAAUUGGCGACAGUGACUAAACUUAAUAUAUGUCCAAAUUGUCUAUACAAACAUGACACUAAUUGUUUUUCAACAAAGCGAUGUAAGGAAUGCAACGGCGAGCAUAAUACGAUGCUCCACGACGCGUUUCAGAUAAAGAGGUCACCACAAAUGAAUAAUAAAAAUUUUGCAAAAUCAGCUGACAAACGAUAUAGCGCUAAUUAUGUAGCAAAUAAUGAUGAAAUGUUAUUAACAACUAUACAAAUGCAGGUAUUAUCAAGCGAUGGGUCGUAUGUAACUCUACGGGCCUUAUUAGACCAAGGUUCGCAGGUUACUAUGAUAACGGAAAGUGCCGUACAACUGUUAGGAUUGCCUCGUGAACAUUUGAACGCUUCCGUUGCUGGUAUAGGAGAAUCACCAAAUCAAAGCAGGGGAAAAGUUCUACUGGACUGCAAAUCGUUACGUAACGACUAUGAGUUUGUUGCCGAAGCACUAAUUAUGCCGAGAAAAAUAGUUCGCAAUCUGCCUACUACAUCAUUCGAUAUAAACGGUUUGAUAAAAGGACAUAGGGAUGAACCUAUAGCACAGCGAACAGAACUGGGCUGGAUAGUCUCAGGUCGCGUGGGAAUAAAAACAUUUAAUUGUCACGUUGUGAUCAACGACCUAAGUGAGAUAUCUCAGUACUGGGAAAUAGAAGAUAUCACAAGCAGUUUAUCACCACUAUCAGAGGGAGAGCAACGUUGUGAAAACAUCUACAUGGACACAACAAAACGUUUAGAAGAUGGGAAAUAUGAAGUUGCGCUACCAAUGAAACCAGGAUUUGAGCAACAUAUUGGUAAAUCAAAGGAACGAGCUAUAGCACAGUUUAAGCAAUUAGAGCAUAAAUUAACAAAGAAUACAUCAUUUUUCGUCGGAUAUAAAGGAUUCAUGGACGAGUAUAAAGAUCUAGGCCAUAUGCGUAAAACCAAUAGCACUGAACAACCCUUAUUCUACAUGCCGCAUCAUGGUGUAACUAAAUUAGAUUCCACUACCACAAAACUUCGAGUUGUGUUUAAUGCCUCUUCUAAAACAUCAUCUGGUUAUAGCUUAAACGACUUAAUGGAGUGUGGUCCUAAUUUACAACAUGACAUUCAAGGGCUGAUCAUAAAAUGGAGGCAAUAUAAAUAUGUUAUCACGGCUGACAUUGAGAAAAUGUUUCGCCAAAUCAUGGUUCGAAAAUCAGAUCAGAUACUACAAUCAAUUAUAUGGAGGAGUUCAGAGAUUGAACCACUACAAACAUAUCAUUUAACGACAGUCACUUACGGCACCAAGGCCGCGCCAUAUUUAGCCAUGAGAACACUCAGGCAGUUAGCACAAGAUGACGGCGAUAUAUAUCCCUUAGCAGCAUCAGCAUUAGAACAAUCAUUUUAUAUGGACGAUUUAUUGGGCGGUGCAGACUCUCUUGAACAAACAAAAGAACUACAAAGACAGAUCAUAUCAAUACUGAGGGGCGCAGGCAUGAACAUUCGCAAGUGGUCCAGUAACGACACAAGACUCGUAGAAGACUUGUCGCCAGAAAUGCUCGACUCACCAUACGAAUUCAAAUGUAAAAAGAGUAGAAAAACACUUGGAUUACAGUGGAGUCCAUCAGGUGACUCAUUCUUAUAUCAAAACAUAUCAUAUGAAUCAAAUAGCAAAUCAUACACAAAAAGACAUUUAUUAUCAUCAAUAGCAAAAUUAUUUGACCCCCUAGGCUGGCUAUCACCAGUAUCUAUUAGAGCAAAAUUAAUCUUUCAGAGAGUGUGGGCCACAGGGUUGUCAUGGGAUACUCAGUUACCAUAUGAUAUCAUACAAGAUUGGAAUCAAUUAGAAAACGACUUUAAAACGAUAAAUAAAUUCACUAUUAAAAGGUAUCUGGGUCAAAAUAAUAACAAUAUACAAUUACACGGAUUUAGCGAUGCAUCAGAAAAAGCAUACGCUUGUGCUGUGUAUAUUGUCAGCACAGACUGUAAGGGCAAUUUCACAUCAACGCUAGUAGCGGCAAAAACAAAAUUAUCACCACUGAACAAAAAAGUAUCAUUAUCGAGACUAGAAUUGUGUGGUACAGUUUUAUUAUCGCAACUUAUACAUAAAGUAGUCAAAUCAUUAACGUAUAAAAAUGUUCAAAUUUAUGCUUGGACUGACUCUAUGAUUGUUUUGGGUUGGCUACAGGGUGACAAAUCAAGAUGGAAGGAGUUUGUUGCAAAUAGAGUUCAGCAAGCUACUGAUAUUAUACCUCCAUCACAAUGGCAUCACGUUAAAACAGAUGAAAAUCCUGCGGAUUGUGCAACCAGGGGAAUGACAUCAUCUCAUCUGGAAAAUUGUCGUCUGUGGUGGGAAGGUCCAAGGUGGUUAUUAAGAUUUAACCCUAACAGUAUGGUAAAAGAAAAAUAUCAAUCACCAAAUAUUGAAAUAAAAAAGGCUUGUGUGAAUGUAGCCUUAUAUCAAAAUGAGCAAUCAUUUAUAAUGAAUUUAUUAAAUGAUUAUAGCUCUUUAACACAACUUACUCGUAUAUUAGCAUGGGUAUUGCGUUUUACUGAGCGCGCGCGGUGUCAGCAGAAUACGACACGUGUAGACACAUUGUCUUUCGAAGAAAUGAAGCGGUCAAUGAAUUUAAUAAUUAAGUCAUAUCAAGCGUAUCAAUUUUUAGAAGAUAUUAGUAAUUUAAAUAAAAAGCAAUUAGUUUCAACUAAAAGUAGUUUAGGAAAUUUAAACCCCUUUAUGGAUACCGAUGGAAUUUUGAGAGUAGGAGGGAGACUGAAUAAUUCAAUACUCAGUUACACAGCAAAGCACCCAAUUAUUUUAGGUAGUAAUAGUCGUCUUACAGAGUUGAUUAUUCACCAAGCACACCUAGCAACUUUGCAUGGAGGUCCAAAACUUACCCUAUCAUAUAUCAGAAAUAAAUAUUGGAUUAUAUCAGGUAUACGAACAGUGAAGCGACAGCUGAGAAAAUGUGUUAAAUGCAGGCGCUAUAAUCAUCAUGAACAGAAUCAAAUUAUGGCAGACUUACCUCAGCCUAGAGUUACACCCUCUAGACCCUUUACACAUACAGGAGUAGAUUACACUGGAUUUGUAGAACUGAAGGUCAACAAGGGAAGGGGUAUAAGGACUAGUAAAGGUUAUAUAUCAGUUUUUGUCUGCCUUUCAACAAAAGCUAUACAUUUGGAGCUCGUAUCAGAUCUCAGUACACCAGCAUUUCUAGCAGCUUUUCGUCGGUUUUGCAGUAGACGUGGAACCCCACAGCAUAUGUAUAGUGACAAUGGGACCAACUUUGUAGGUGCCGACCGCUGUUUAAAAAGAGAAUAUAAGGAAAUCUUAUCUUAUAUCAAUCACGAAUUUAUCAAUAAAGUUACUGAAAUGGAAGUUCAGUGGCAUUUCAAUGCUCCAGCAUGGCCCAGUGCAGGGGGCCUAUGGGAAAGAGCAGUGGGUAGCCUGAAAUAUCACCUCAAACGUGUUAUAGGUGAACAGAAGCUGACCUAUGAAGAGUUCACCACUUUACUAUGUCAGAUCGAAGCAUGUUUGAACUCGAGGCCACUUUGCGUAUUAUCAGAAAAUGCAGAUGAUGAAUAUUUAACACCAGGUCACUUCCUGGUGGGAGGAGCAUUAUUAUCACGACCACAAUCGGAACCACAUAUUAUGCAGAGUACAACGCGAUGGCAGUUGGUACAGUCAAUGAAUAAACAUUUCUGGAAAAGAUGGUCCGAUGAAUAUCUACAGCAAUUACAAACAAGAUCUAAAUGGAGAGCAGUCAGCAGAAACCUUGCUAUCAAUGACGUUGUCCUAAUAAAAGAGGAAAGUUUACCUCCUGGAAGGUGGGCAUUAGGUCGCAUACAAGAGUUGCACCCUGGAAAAGACGGUCAUGUAAGGGUUGUAACUUUAAAAACACAUAGCAAUAUGGUGAAACGACCAAUUUCAAAAUUAGUACUUUUACCUGUAACCGAUGAACCUUCUUCAUUGAGCAAAAAUCAAGCAGAAAGGGAGAAUAUCACGAAAUCAAAAUGUACACGUAAGCCUAAAUCAUUUUUAACUUAUGUCUAUACAGCGCUCCUCAUGAUGUUCAUGUUGUUUACCCCAACAAUGCAACUUGAGGUCCAGCCGUACAAUAUCACUCAACUAAACAAUGAUCAAGGUCUAUAUUUUGAUAAAAUAUCAGAUCUCCAAAUAAUCAGAGAUGAAUGGAAUCUCGUCGUAUAUUAUAACAUGACACCAUAUUGGCAAGGCGUAUCUGAAAUAGAACAUUACCUGAAAUAUAUUAGAAACCUAAACAACGCAUCAACUACACAAUCGUAUAUACGUAAUAUUGCCCCUCAAUUAGAUCACGAACUAAAUGAAAUUCGCCAUUACAAUACAUUGCUUCAAAACUCUCCAAAUAGAGUCAAGAGAGGGCUAAUAAAUGGAGUUGGAUAUGUUGCUAACAGCUUAUUUGGAGUACUGGACGAGCGAUUCGCUGAGCAAUACCACCAAGAUAUCGAAAAAAUAUCACAAAAUGAAGAGCAUCUGUUAAAAUUAUAUAAAAAUCAAACUUCAAUCUUGGAGGCUGAAUACAAUAUAUUACGUCGUUCACAGACAGUGCCAACUCAUCAGUCUGCAAAACAAAGCAAGCGCCGUGUGAAGAUUCAUGGCUCAAAUUACGACGACAGAAUGUCUGGCUAUUUCAUUGUUGUGGGCAGUAGACAUCGGAAGGAGCAGGUUGAACCACCUCUACAGGCGCGGGAGCACCCGCCUACAAGGUUAGGCGAGUCCCGCGAAAGUGUGUUAAGUGAUCAGUGUUUAGGUGUUAGUGAAGUGCAGUGGAAGGACAUUAGUGCGCGUAGUGAUCAGAGACAUUAA